AUGAUGUUUCGAGCGAUGACGUCGACGACGUCCGCCGGCUCGAAGCGGACAGAGCUCAUGGAUGUCGUUAUGCGUGGGUACCUCAUGGAGAAGGCGCUCAAGCAGGGCCUGUCGGAGGCCGAGGCGCGGGACGCUGUCGCCCAGCACAUGGCGCAAGUCAAACUGAGCAAGCAGCACAGCUUCCGCGAAUCCAUGCGCGAGGCCAACGUUGGCCUCGCUGCUACCGAGCCGGCCAUGGUCGGUGCGACCGGUGACGACGUCACCCCUAAACCGACGACGGUGGCGCCGUCGGGUGAUGCAACGCGGCUCUUUUCGUCGCGGCCGAUCGAGCCGCUGGCACAGGUCGAGGUCGCUGUCGAGGCGCCACCAAUGGAUGCUAGUUUUAGCUGCGACAACGAAAUGACGUCGCAUCUCAGCUCGAUAUCGAGCAUGACGACCAAGGAUCUCCGCAAGCUCGUGCGCGCCAACUCGGCGCAGCACGGUCUACAAUGGUCGAACCCAUCGACGGCGCUCCUUCGCACGCAGGCCAAGCAGAAAGCCUCUAAAGAAGUCCAAGACAUGGUGAAUUAUGUCUUGUUUCUGGUGCUGUUUUUGGUUGUUACCUUGCAUGGGCGGGCCGACGACACGCCGUUCAAGAUGACGUUCAACCUCAUGUCGCAAUUGAAGGAGAAGCCCUUUCCAGCGCGCGUCUCGCACGUCACCAAGACCUUUGAAGAUGUGGCCAACGUCAACGAAAUGCACCACUUUUUGACGGGCGUGUUCUACGAUGCCGUGUACGCUGGUGCGUCUUUUGAUGGCGACACCGCGUACCCCAAAGGCCCCACAUACAACGCCAAGGGCAUGCUGGGCACCUACGGCCAGAUUUGGGGGCCCAUUCGCAUCGGACAGGUGCGCGUUGAUGGUGUCCCGUGCGCCGGCACGCUGGCGACGAUGCUCAAUAUGACAAGUACCAUCUGCUUUCCGUCGUUGAGCCCGACGAGCAUGUCCCGGACAUCAUUUGGGGGGCAUGGCGAGAUGUAUGCCCCGGACGACCCGCCGGACGCUGCCGUCAUGUUCCUCUCGCCUUCCGAGCGAUGGUACCCGGCCCCAAACUUUAACGUGUAUUUGAGUCCGAUCGAGCCAAAUGGGUGCAACCCCAAGAUGCGGGUGAAUUGCCCGCAGUUCGAGCGCCUGGAUAGCCUUCGCCAUCACAAGUUUUUCGACAUGGCGACGCGCGCGCUCUUUGUCGAUAUGACGCUGUACAAUGCCAAUUCGAACCAAGUGUCGACGGUCCGCCUUUUCUUUGAGCAAACGCCUGCCGGGGGGCUGGACCCGCACGCCGAAUUCAUUACGUAUCGUCUCUACAACUACGAAACACCGGCCGACUAUGUCCGGCUCGUGUGUCAACUGCUCAUUUUGGCCAUUGUCACAUUCGAGCUGUCGAAAGAGAUGCGCGCGGCGUGGACGACCGGACGCGUGUACUUUCAGUCGGCCACCAACUGGAUUUUUUGCCUCAAUUACGCACUCUUUUACGUUGUCGCGAAUAUGUUUAUUGUUAUCAUCACCGACGCCUACAUUGAGGCGCAGACAGAACUCGACGAGAUCGACCAAGUCGAGCUCAACACCAUGUCCAAAGAAAUCGUGCACCACGUGCUCUAUAACAUUGUGUUUCGAAUCCCUUUUGUCGGAAAGCGGUACCUCCAACCCAUGUACGAGCUCGCGCUCCAGCGCACCAAGGCCAUGGUCGACACGAUGCACCAUCGCCACUUGCAGUCGACGGUCUCGAGCGCCCACCUUGUUGUCGCCUCGAAUUCCGACGAUCUCGUGCGGCCCAAGCCGCUGGUCGCCCCAACUUCGACGCGUAUUGAACCUAGCCCCCCCACGCCCGAGAAACCAGCGGUUGCAACGCUGCUCGAGCCCGUGACGCCGAUCCAUAGCAACAAGCCGACAUUGGUGCCAGUGGCCGAUCACGGCAAAAUGCCAUGCAUGACCUUGCCGCCGGUUCGAGCCCUGACGACAUCACCGAGUGCGACCGGGCUCUGCAGCGUCCGUGAGAGCUUGUGCGAAGUCGAGCAUGCGUACACGUCGUCCGUGCACUGGGCGCGGCAGCGCCUCCUCGAGCUCGGGCCGCACGCGUCGGUCGAGGACCUCGUUCGCUUCCAAGCGCAUCUGGCAAUGUACAAACAACAAUGCCUGGCCGCCAUCGCACCGUAGCCACAAUGCGUCAUUCCCAUUACUGAAUA